GGAAUGUGGACUCUUGUCUCAAAAGUAAAGCAGACGUCUGCACUGUGUCGGGCUGCCAGCAGGGGUCACCCUGGUUGUGUCGAGGAGACGCUGUUUAGGAGACCAGAGGUGGAUGCAGAAUUAGACCAGACCCACGAUGCCUGUUCAGGAGGCCAUCACGCCUGUGUGCGCCCGCUCCUAGACCACGGGGGCUGAACCUGACCUUCCUGCUGUUUACGGCAAUGCCCCGCUGCACCUCUGCAAUGCAGCAGAAACAUAUCUGUGGAGAGGGGCUGGGAUGGCGGUGUGUGCUCUAACUGUGCUUGACGGGCUCGGGGAGGAGGCCACGGCUUUGGGCAGCGUGGUUGUCCUGUUCCUGGCUGUGGUUCUUGCCUGGCUGUCUACCCACGUGGCCGACCGUGGAGAUCACAUUCUGGGUACCAUUCUCACCGUGGGUGCCCACGCCUCCCUCAUCGGCCUUGGGGGUCACGACAGCUACGCGAACCCCCCACCCAGCUCAGAGCCCAGCGAGCAGCUGGAUGAAGAGCCCGCUGAGGAGGAGAAACAGGAAGAGGGCGAGGAUGGGCGAGAGGAUGUGCCUGGAGAGGAGCUGCUGGAUAUUCAGGGUGGGAGGAAGAAAGUGAGCUAUGUUCAGGCUGAGGAAAGGGAAGAGGGGAAAGAGGAAGGGAUGGAAGAAGAGGCGGAGGAUGAGGCCAGCGGUAUCACGGUGAGACUGAAGUUCCUGAAUGACACAGAGGAGCUGGCAGUACUCAGACCACAGGACACCGUUGGACUGCUGAAGAGUAAGUACUUCUCUGGCCGUGAACAUCAGAUUAAACUCAUCUACCAGGGUCAGCUGUUGCAGGAUCCUCAGCGCUCUCUCCUGUCCCUCAACAUCACCCACAACAGCGUCCUCCACUGUCACGUCUCUCAAGCCCAGGCGCUUCGUGAAGCGGCCGCAGAGGAGAGCCCUCGAGCUGGGAGGGGCUCCGUGCUCAGCGGGGGGCUGCGCUCGGCCGGCCUGGCUCUCAGCACAGGAAGCCUGGUGAUCCCCGUGUUCGUGGUGCUGCUCGCCGUCAUCUGGUACUUCCGAAUCAACUACCGCCAGCUGUUCACUGCCCCGGCCACCAUCUCUUUGGUUGGGGUCACAGUCUUCUUCAGCUUCCUCAUCUUUGGCAUGCACAGUCGAUGAGAAGAUGGAUGAAGAGAGGAAUGAUGCCAAUAUUAGAGAAGAAGGAAAACGAAACAAUAGGACAUGAAAAUAAUCAAUCAGUGGUAGCCGAGAAAGUUCUCAGGGAGUUCUUGAGGGUUCUGGUGCCAUGGAAGUUGUGUGUGUGUGUGUGUGUGUUAGGUGAGAGUGUGUGCUAGUGCUUUCAGCUUCAGUCGUGAGCAGCACAAAGUAAUACUGCUGAAUAAUUUAGCUUCUUGGGGAAAAAAUAGCUUUAUAAUUAUUCAAUCUCAGCCUAAAGUGUAGCUUCUCCGUGUAAAGAGAAGUCUUUUCAUUUAAAGGGAAUCGCAGAUUGUCAACUGAUUGUUUUUUAUCAAUGAAUGUGACUCUUCUUCUCUGAUAACAGCACUACUAUCUUCUGUAGUAGCAAAAAAUGUCAUAUGUUUAAAUGUUAAUACACAAAUAACAGAUGUGAUGUGCUAGUUAGCAGAAAUUUUGAGACAUCAAUUUACUCAAACUCAUGUUUGAUGUUCAUGAUUGGAAGAUUUUAUUUUUAUUUUGCCAGUGUCACUGAGGUCUGUAUUUGUUUCAUACUUAUUUCUAUAUAACAUUAUGGUUAAGCAUGUCUGCUGCUAGUUACAGCUCAGUUAUCAUUUAGGAUAUGAAAGUUUUAUAUAUGACGAGUUUACAUGCAAACAUACGGGAGUAUUUGGACGGCUAUAGUCUGAAGAGUCUGUAGAAAACUCACUGCAUUAAUAGGCAUUUCAUAUGCAAUGUCAGUAACAAAGCAAAUAAUGUUUUGUCCUGUGUGAAAUCUGUUUAUAAGCAAUGUAUUUACUUGAGAUAAAUCAAGAGGGGCAUGGAAGAAACUAAAAGCUCUCUGAAGUUGAUGAUAUACGGGGCAAUGUUUUUGAGCAAUAUUGCUUGUGCCCUUUCCCAUUGAGAAUGGUUAACAAAUGUCUAUAUAGAUACUUUAGAUCAGUCGUGGGCCAUGUCUCACUUGGUUGUCCGUUGGUGGCAACAUGGCCUAAAAAGUUGCCCUGUGUAUCACCAGCCUGACAGUUUGAUGGUUCUUGUAUAAAUGGGUCAUUUCUCUCAGUAUUUUCAGUAAUAUCUGCACGUUUUAGGGGAAAUUCUCUACUUCUUCUCAUUCUCACUAUUACAGUGGACUAGCACCUCUUUAAAUGCUUUUUGGUUUUGCUUUGAUGCGGUAAUACAGAAUAAAUUUGCUCAUCUUUGAAAUGAAA